AUGAAAAAGAAUACAAGAAAAAAGUAAACAUUAGAAUAGUAGGAAGAUUAGUAAAGAAAGAAAACUAAAUUGGAAGUUCUAGAUGCUGAUCAACAUAUUUCAAAAUACAAUAACAAUUUAGAUAAUCUAAUUGAUAUUUUUACAAGGUAUGAGAGAGAGGAUGACUUUACAUAAAAUCUAAUGACAACCUCUAAAUUGUCAAAAAUUCAAAAAAUCCAUGAUUUAAGUUUAGAUACCUUUAAAGCUGAAUCAUUCUCAUUAGGACCAAAAGUUGAGAAUGGUGACUUUUCGUAGGGUGACUAAAUACAAAAAAUUAUUUCAGUGAAGAAAUCAUUUUUGAAUGAUAAGCUAAUAGCUACUAUACAAUGGAGACCUAGGUCUAAUGGUACAAUUCCGAAAUCUAGAGAUUAUUUUACAACCGAAGUUGCUAAGUACGCUCCUAAAGAAUUAAUUAAAUAUUAUAAAAGUAGAAUGGUUACAACAACCAUUAUCGAAUAAUAAUAAGAUUGUUGAUUAGUAAUUUAGUAUUUUUCCAUUAAA